AUGACUAACGACUCAACUCUUCAGCACAAGCAGCCGGAUCCAGUCCUGUAUGCAUUCUCGACGAAAGACGAGCUAUGUGAGCGAUUGGCUGAGUAUGUGAUCAAGCUGCAGAACGCAGCGAUCGAGCGGCGCGGCAAGUUCCUUCUCGCUGUGUCAGGUGGCUCGCUUCCGAGCAUGCUGGCCAAGAAUCUCGUCAACCGACAAGAUAAUGCAGUGCGCUGGGACAAAUGGCAUGUGUUUUUCGCUGAUGAACGUCUCGUUCCUUUGGACGACAAGGAGUCAAACUACAAGCUGUGCGAUGAUGAACUCUUUUCAAAGGUGCCCGAAUUCCCGCGGAGCCAAAUUCACACGAUCGAUACAUCGCUCCUGCACGAUGCCGAAGAGCUCUCGGAUGAGUACGAGAAGCAGCUCGUUCAUGCAUUUGCAGGGAAGGACUCGUCUUGA